AUGGCGGACCCCGGAAGCAGCCCCAGCAACAAAUUGCUGGAGAAGAUCGUCAACCCCACACUCUCUGACCGGAAACCCUCACCUCAGCCCACGCACUUCAGUGUGCCCUACAAAUAUAGCAAUGGAAAUGGCCACCGGGUCUUGAGGUCGGCGACCGUUGGAUACGUUGCCCCUGAGUUCAAGGGCAAGAAGGAGCAAAUGCUGCAGGUGAAGGAAAAGAUACGAUGCAAUGGUUGGAUCCCCGAGAGUCUCAUCGAUGAGCAGAUAGCCUGGUUCUAUAACGACCUCGGCAUCGAUGAUGUCUACUUCCAACUCGAGGGCGUGGACGCCAUUGCGAGCAACAUUACGUCCCUAUAUGCUGCCAAGGUUGCGGCUUCUGUCAGAAAGGACAAGAGACAAGAGAUCCGUCUGGAUAUGGAAGCAUCCGACCAUGCGAUCUACAUCGACACCAGUGAGCCGGGCGUUAGUAACGUGGCCGGGCCACGCUAUGAGCACAGGCUCGAAACAAAGUACCUGGAUAGUUCCAUCGGGAACAAGGUCUUCCGAGUGGAGACCUUCCGUUCGCCAGGCACCCUAGCUGAUGCUGGGGUAUCGAAGGCCACAUUGCGGUGCUACUUCGUGUAUCAGUGCCAAUUCGUCGACCCGAACCCCUCACCUCAAGAGACCCGCCUCGAGGUCAUCGGAGACCGGAUGUUCCUCGCGAAAGCAACCCAAAACACAAAACAGAUCUAUGAAGAUAUUAUUGCCCUUGCAGUCUCUCGGACCGGACCCGUCAUUGAGGUCUUCGAUAUCGAGGGCUCAAAAGAGAAACGCCUUGUCGUUGCCUUCCGCAGACGAACUGCUAUGGGGAUGUUUAGCGCCCUCAGUGAUCUGUACCAUUACUAUGGUGUGACCAGCUCCAGGAAGUACGUGGAACAAUUCAGCAAUGGCAUUUGUGUGAUUUGUCUCUACUUCAAGCCUGCUACGAUGGAGUCCGUAGGCCGGUUCCCACCACUCGAGCAGUCCAUCCAUCAGAUCACUAAGGAGAUAUCUUUGCUCUACUGCAUCCCCCAGAACAAGUUUCAGACGCUUUUUGCCAGCGGCCGCUUGAGCUUGCAGGAGACUGUGUAUGGGCACUGCCUCUACGUUUUUGUCCAGCACUUUCUCAACCGCCUUGGCUCCGAAUAUGCUUCCCUGGUUUCUGCUUUAGAUGCAAACAAUAGCGCGCAUGCAGAAAUUCUCUCGAAGAUCAAGCGCCGCCUGCGUACUGAGACCUUCACUGGAGACUAUAUCUUCGAGAUCAUCAAUUCGUAUCCCGAGCUUGUCCGAACGUUAUAUGCAUCCUUUGCCAGUACCCAUCUUACCUUCGGGCCCGGAUUUGAAAGGGACAUCGUUCCAUUAACACCAGCUACUGCGGUUUUGUCUGACGAUGAGCUCAAGGAGUUAAUCUCUAAGACUGUGAAUAAUGAGCAUGAAGAAAUGGUCAUGUCAGCUUUCCGCCUGUUCAACAAGGCUCUCCUCAAGACGAACUUCUACACCCCGACAAAAGUUGCACUCAGCUUCCGGCUCGAUCCCUCAUUCCUUCCAGCAAUUGAGUAUCCUCAACCAUUGUAUGGGAUGUUUUUGGUGAUCAGUUCAGAGGCUCGAGGAUUCCAUUUGCGCUUCCGCGAUAUCGCAAGAGGAGGCAUCCGUAUCGUCAAGUCACGAAAUCGCGAGGCUUAUUCUAUCAACGCUCGAUCCAUGUUCGACGAGAAUUACGGACUUGCAAAUACUCAGCAGCGAAAGAACAAAGAUAUUCCAGAAGGCGGCUCCAAAGGUGUCAUUCUUCUUGAUGCACAGAAGCAAGACAAGGGCAGUGUUGCGUUUGAGAAAUACAUUGACAGUAUCAUGGAUCUUCUUCUCCCAGCCGAAACCCCGGGGAUUAAAAACCCCAUUGUGGAUCUUUAUGGGAAGGAAGAGAUCCUUUUCAUGGGACCAGACGAGAAUACUGCCGACCUCGUAGAUUGGGCAACCGAACAUGCUCGCAAGCGUGGUGCACCUUGGUGGAAGUCUUUCUUCACCGGCAAGUCUCCCAAGCUCGGUGGCAUUCCGCACGAUGUCUAUGGCAUGACAACUUUGUCUGUGCGUGAAUACGUCAAAGGUAUCUAUCGUAAGAUGGAGUUGGACCCAACCAAGGUUCGGAAGAUGCAAACCGGAGGACCGGAUGGCGAUCUAGGAAGCAAUGAGAUCUUGCUGAGCAAUGAAAAAUAUACCUCCAUCGUUGAUGGGAGCGGGGUUUUAGUGGACCCUAACGGUAUCGACAGGGGCGAGCUCAUUCGACUCGCCAAGGAACGGGCAAUGAUCUCCCAGUUUGAUCUAUCCAAGCUCUCGAGCGCCGGAUAUCGUGUCCUUGUUGAUGAGACUAAUGUCAAGCUUCCGAGUGGGGAGCUUAUCAACAACGGCACUGCAUUCCGUAACACCUUCCACCUCCGCGAUACUGGACUAACUGACUCGUUCGUUCCGUGCGGUGGUCGUCCAGAGUCAAUUGAUCUCUCAAGCGUCAACAAACUUAUCAAGAACGGCAAAUCAACGAUCCCAUAUAUAGUUGAAGGGGCCAACCUGUUCAUCACGCAAGAUGCCAAGCUUCGCCUCGAGGCUGCGGGCUGCAUUCUUUUCAAGGAUGCCAGCGCUAAUAAAGGUGGUGUGACAUCCUCGUCACUGGAAGUUCUAGCAAGCUUGAGUUUCGACGACAAAGGUUUUGAAGAAAACAUGUGCGUCGGUCAGGAUGGUCAACCUCCAGAGUUCUACAAGGCAUAUGUCAAGGAGGUCCAAGCUAAGAUCCAGGAAAACGCGAGGUUGGAGUUUGAGGCUAUCUGGAGGGAACACGAGGAGACCAAGAUCCCAAGGAGCACGCUCAGUGAUACCCUUAGUAUCGCUAUCACGAAGCUCGACGAGGAAUUGCAAAAAUCAGAUCUCUGGAAGGAUGAGAAGCUUCGCAGAUCAGUUUUGGAGGAUGCGUUACCGAAGUUGUUGCUUGAGAAGAUCGGCUUAGAUUUGAUUAUUCAAAGGGUCCCAGACAAUUAUCUCCGAGCUAUCUUUGGCAGCUAUCUUGCUAGUCGCUUCGUAUACGAGUUUGGUAGCUCUCCGAGCCAAUUCGCUUUCUUUGACUUCAUGUGCAAGAGAAUUGAAAAAAUAUAG